UUUCUUGGUUACACUCAGAGUUGAAUGUUUCUUUCUUACUGUGCACACUCUUUCUCUUUUUCUUUAAUCAUCUUCAAAGAUGUUUGUCUAUAAGUAUGCUCAAGUUAAUCUGCUGUUUUUUAUCAUCAUCUCUAUAACAGCACAUGAGGGUUUUGUUUAUAUCCACAGAAUAAGAAAUUCAUCCGUUGACAUUUCCUGUGAAUCAGCAAUGAAAGAGUACAAACCGUUUGCCUUUUCACUGAAACGCAGACUGCUGCAGUCCAGAUCAGUGCUGUAUCUUUCCAAAGGCUUAUCAGCAUUCAUCAGUGGGCCUGUGGACAAAGAUCGCAUUACUGUCCAUGAUGAGUUAGACAACCAUACAGUCCAUCUUAGAAUCUCAAACCUUCAAAGACUGGAUACAGACGUGUACUACUGUGAAUUUCACUAUAGUGAUCUUCCAUUUGAUAAGAAUAUUCCUGGCAAAAUGGAGUUCUUUAUCUAUGUUGAAGACUUGACUCAUCAGACCUGCAGUUGUUUAGGUUACCUGCUACUGCUGUAUGUGAUCUCAGGAGCUGCAUGUGUGCUGGGUCUUCUGGUGGUCACCCUCAUCACAGCUUAUUAUUGCAAGUUUUCUAACCGUAAAAAUCCACAACAUCUAGUUCCUGUUUAUGAGGAGAUGACUGGGGUGCGGCCAGCCAAAGGAACAGCCACCAGCCGUCAUGUGGAAAACACAACACUGGAUGAGGAAAUUGACUCCACCUUACUCAGUAAGGAAAACAUCUAUGCUAAGUCUAAUUCAAGAAAAUGUAGCAAAUGAGGUGCUCACACAGA